AUGGAGGAGAGUGGCUCGGGCGCCGCUGGGGGCUAUGCGUCCAGCGGAGGGGAAUCGUCCCCGUCGUCGGUCGCAUCGCACGGCACUCGCGGCGACGGCCCAUCCUCCGGCUCCCCGGCACAAGCUUCUGCUGCCGCCGCCGCCACAGACCCUAAAAAGCUGCGCGCGUGCGAGGCCUGCCGCGGUCUCAAGGUGCGGUGCGAGCCGGAUCCGAACGACGGACCCUGCAGGCGCUGCAAAAAGGCGAACCGCCGCUGCGUGGUGACGGCGCCGACGCGCAAGCGGCAAAGAAAGACGGACAGUCGCGUGUCGGAGCUGGAAAAGAAAAUUGACGCCCUGACGGCGAGUCUGCAGGCGAGAACAGCUGCUGGUGGUGGUGGUGGCGCGGGCGCAACAACAACGCAGCAAGACGUGGCGCCGGGGCGGAGGAGGAGGGGCGGCGGCGGCAGCGGUAGCGGACACCAGGAACGUGGUAGCUGGGAGAGAGAGGUGGCGCCGUGGGAUACCGGUCGCCCGGCGGACCAGGACAGCCCCUUUCAACAGCUGAUUACCAUGGCGGGCCGCAAACGCAAGGCCAUGGAGGAGAGCACGACCGCCACCACCACCACCCCGGACGUUGGCAGCAGCGCGGCGGCGGCUGCGGCCGAUGCAGAAACCGACGACAGACAGCCCUCGACGGCAGCGGCCUCGGUCGGCUGGCCGGCGUACACGUCGCGCUCCACCGACGGCGACGUCGUCGACCGCGGGCUGGUCCCGCUCCAGCUCGCGGCACGACUCUUUUCGCGGUACAAGACGCAAAUGGUGCGGCACCUGCCCGGCGUCGUGUUCCCGCCGAGCAUCACGAUAUCGGAGCUCCGGCGGGCGAAGCCGGUGCUGUUCCUGGCGCUCAUGGCGGCGGCGGCGGGCGAAGACCACGCGCUGCAGCGGGUGCUGCAAAAGGAGCUGAUGCAGAUUCUCGCGCAAAAGGUCAUGGUGACGGGCGAGAAGAGCCUGGAGCUCGUGCAGGCGCUCAACGUGGCGGUGAUUUGGUACUGGCCGCCAGAGUACUUUGAGGAGCUCAAGUUUUAUCAGCUGAUUCACACGGCGGCCGUCAUGGCGAUUGAUAUUGGGCUCGGGAGGAGGACGAAUGGCAGGAUGAGGAGGAACCAGGGAAUGGCGGGGGGCAUGAGCUUUGGUGCUGUUGGCGGCGGCGGCGGUGGUGGUGCUGGGUGGCGCGGCGAUCCGUUGUUGCGCAACAAGGCGCCGCCGCCGGACCCGACGAGCCUCGAGGCGCGGCGUACCUGGCUGACGUGCUACUACCUGGCGUCCAACACGGCCAUGUCGCUGCACCGGCCGAAUCUGAUUCGGUGGACGGCCUUUAUGGGCGAGUCCAUGGCGCUGCUGGAGAGCUCCGCCGACGCCGCGCCCACCGACAAGUACUUUUGCCACUUGGUCUGGACGCACCGUAUCGGCGAGCAAAUCGGCGCCGAGCUCUCCAUGGACGAUCCGGACGCGGCGGUGGAUGUGGGCGCCGACGCGCGCACGCAGCAGGCGCUGCGCGCGCUGGGCAGCGAUCUGGACCGGUACAAGGCGGGCGUGCCGCCGGCGCGCAUGCAGGCUACCCUGCGCAUCGCGUUUGAUCUGCUGAAGCUGUACAUGCACGAGACGGUGCUGCACGCGGACAAUAUCGGCAAUGACGACGACGGCGGCGACGGGCUUGGCGCAUCAUCAUCAUCAUCGGCGUCGCAGCAGCAGCAGCAGCAGCAUUACGUCGACGACUUUGAUGACGAAGCGCGAACGGCGUGUCUCGCAGCCAUCAACGGCAUCUUUGCAACGUUUCUGGCCCUGGAUGUGGAAAGCAUUCGGUGCCUGCCCGUGUUCAACUUUGUGCGCGUCGCGUACGCAGUUGUGGUGCUGCUGAAAAUGUACUUUUCCGCUUCGUCGGCGGCCGGGUCGUCGUCGUCGUCGUUGCGGGAGAGCAUGCGCGUGCAGGAGCAUCUGGAUGCGCUGCUGGAUAAAUUUAGGCUGACGGCAAAGGAGGACAAGUGCAGGCCGGCGAGCAAGUUUUUGGUGGUGCUGGCGAUGCUGAGGAGCUGGUUUGUGAAGCAGGGCAGCACGGAGAGUGGUGGUGGUGGGACACGACAGCAGCAGCAGCAACAGCAGCAGCAGCAGCAGCAGCAGCAGCAGACGCAGACGCCGCAGAUGCAGACGCAGACGCAGUAUCAGCAGCCGGUGCAGACGCAAAUGCAGCAGACGCAGAGGGUAAACACACCACUGCAGCUUCUCUCCGAAGUUGCCACGGGCAGCGACCCGAGUAAUCCAGGAAGCGCGUCGGACCCCUUUGGUUACUACCGCCAGCAACAGCAGCAGCAGCAGCAGCAGCAGCAGCAACCACCACAACAAGCCUUCUUCAUUGACCCCAACGCCGGCGGCAGCAGCAGCAGCAUCGACUACCCGCCAUGGCUCGCCGAGGCCGUCAUGUCGGGCAGCGGGGGCGGCGGGGUCGGCGGGGUCGGCGGCAGUUUCUACGACGGGAUCGGCGGCGAGUUUCCGACAGCCAUGGGCAUCGGUGCGAUUGAAGGGUUCGAUGCGGCGGCGGCGGCGACGGCGGCGGGACGUGGAGGAGCCGGGAUGAGCGCGGCGACGAACGAUCAGUUUUGGACGGAUAUGUUUCAAGGGAUUCCGGACCCAAACAUGUUUACGUUUUGA